AUGUCGACUGGGGAAGCACCAGGGACGUGUACCGAGCUGCACGACUGUCGUGACGUCAUCGGCACCGGUUCUUCCAUCGACACGAUCAAAUUCCACCGCUUCCACAUGUUCGACACUGACUGGAAGCUAAAACUACAUAUUGACUGGGCUGAGGAACUUGGAAAUCAUGUUUUAUCGUUACGGAUGCGACACCAAAGGUACUCUGUUGAUGAUAUCUGGAAUCUGAAUGCUACGAUUCGGAUUCAAGUUAAUGAAAAAUGGCUCAAAACGGACACGGUCGUUGAAACGGAGUUUUCGAAUCGGAAACGAGAAAUCACGAUCGCCGACAUCGGCAGAAUGCCCGAAGAAGUAAACUACGUUACUUGUGUCCACCUGAAAGUUUCGAUGCAGACGUUAUCAAUGGCAUCUCCAGUCUUUCUUGAAGCGUUCGCUGAGGCACUCGACACAGACAGCAUCGAGAUAUGCAAUGUGUCCCCACGCGAUUUCCGGCGAAUUCUGAACAUGAUAUAUCCUCCUCAUCUGCCGCCUAAACGAUGGAUCAAAGAGAACAACAGAAAGAAGCAGUUGGAGCUCAUCUACCAUUUACUGGCCAUCGCAAAAGCUCUGAAAUGUCCAAUUGUCUUCGAAGUAGCUGACAAAUGGCUCGUGAAGCACGGUAGUUUCAAUCUAGAAGAUUCACUUAUGCUGGCACAAACUUUCGGAUUAAGAGAGUUAAUGGGGUACAAAAUUGCCACAAUCCAAUCAGUCGAUGACUUGAGAGAAUGCCGUGACCAGAUAGACGCACUCAGCAACAAAACCAAAGCGCUUAUUUUGGAUCACCUUUUAUUCUCGACCUGA